CUUUCUUCUAUCUUCCCUAUCCCCAGUCAUCCAGUCCAUCACCAUGUCUCCCUCCAAGCUAUCUCCCCAAUCCACCACCACCCAACACUUCCCUCACAUCCACGAUGACCCAGCCUCCCUCCCCCAGUCCCUAGACCCCUUCACAAUCACCACAUCCACAGGCUUCAUGCCCUAUCGUAUGGGUCCCACCCACCUCCCAGAAGCCUUCCAGCCCCUAAUGGCCCUGCUCGACCGUAUGCCCGUCCGCAAGGCCGACGGCUCCCCGGGUCUGCUGGCUACCUAUGAGCUGGGCCCUACCGUCCAGGCGGGAUUCCCGGACCUGACGGAUGAGGUGGACAAGCUGGUUACUGAGGACGGUGCUCCGGAUUUGUAUACCGUUACUGCUGUCUUCAGGGACUACACUUUCCUGGCGUCGGCUUAUCUGCUUGAGCCUUGCUGGGAGAGCUGGAAUUGUAGUGCUGAUAAGGGGUAUGGGUUUGGGAGGGAUGUGUUGCCGAGGGCUAUUGCUGUUCCUAUGUAUCGGUGUGCUCAGCUCCUCGACAUCCCCCCCUUCAUGUCCUACGCCGCAUCAUACGCCCUCUUCAACUACAACGUCGCCGACAACGCCAAAGGCCUGGAGUACGACAACCUCCGUCUAGUCCGUGCCUUUGAGUACGGUCUCGACCCCAAGAGCUCCGAGGCCGGCUUCAUCCUCACCCACGUCGACAUGGUCAAGUGGUCGGGCAGUCUCAUCGCUGGCGCUAUCAAGAUCGUCGAUACCAUCGAGCAGGGUGGACCCCGGUCGGAUGUUAAUGAUGGGUUUAGAGAGAUUUUGUCUGCUAUGGAGAAGAUUGAGGCUGCUAUGGAGGAUAUGUGGGCAAACUCCAAACCCGGCGAAUACCUCUCCUUCAGAGUCUUCAUCUUCGGAAUCACUUCCCAGUCGAUGUUCCCCAAUGGAGUCAUCUACGAAGGCGUCCUCGACGACAAUCGUCUCAACUUCCGGGGUGAAAGCGGCGCCAACGACAGCAUGAUCCCCCUCCUAGACCACCUCCUCCAAAUCCCCAUGCCCUCCACCCCCCUCACCAAAAUCCUGCACGAAUUCCGCGCCUACCGCCCCCUCCCGCACCGCGAAUUCCUCGCCCACAUGAACGCCAAGUGCGCCGAGCUGGACAUCCGCGCCUUCGCCGUCCGCGACACGGAAACCGCCAUCUGCUUCCUGAAGACGCUGAACCAUGUGCGUAGCUUCCGGUGGAGGCAUUGGCUUUUUGCCCGCGAGUAUAUUAUUCGCAGGACGCCGCAUCCGACUGCUACGGGGGGGAGUCCGAUUGUUACUUGGCUCCCUAAUCAGCUCUCCGCUGUUAUGGAUAUGAUGCUCUCGCUGUAUGAUACGUACCUGGCGCCGCAGAAGACUGCUGGUGGGAAGGGUCCCGACGGAUUGACCGGGUAUGAUGCGGUGUACCAGAAACAGGUCGAGCCUAUGAUGGAGAUGGUGCGCGAUCAGAGGGAGAAGUUGGCGCGGGAGGUGGAGCGUUGGUGUAAGGAGAGGGGGGUGUAACUUUUCUUUCUUUUUUAUUAUUAUUUAUGUUUUACUGGUGUAGAUAUAGAAUGGAAUGUUGACUCUUUAUUAAUU